AUGGUCAGUGAAACAGAGCUCAUACCAUCACGUGCCAAACUCUUCCAACUGAUGCAUUCCUUCUAGACGUCGAUAGGGACGGGCUACGAUCUCAACAACUCUGUCUUCUCUCCCGAUGGUCGCAACUUCCAGGUCGAGUACGCAGUGAAGGCAGUUGAGAAUGGAGGCACCGCCAUUGGAAUCCGGUGCAAGGACGGCGUGGUGCUGGCCCUGGAGAAGCUGGUAUCAAGCAAGCUGCUCAAGAAAGAUGCCAACAAGCGGAUAGCCACUGUAGAUCGGAAUAUCGGUGUGGUGAGUUGAUGAGAAGAUGGACUUCGAGGCCGAAGGAAAGACUGACACAAGAGGAACGCCAGGUUCACUCUGGUCUCUUACCCGAUGGCAGACACUUCGUAUCUCGAGCGCGCGACGAAGCAUCCAGCUGGCGCAGCACCUACAAAGCACCCAUUCCAGUCUCCUCCAUCGCCAAUCGCAUGGGCGCCUACGUCCAAGCACACACCCUCUACUCAUCAGUACGACCUUUCGGCAUUACCGCAAUUGUCGGAGGGUGGGACGCAGAGACCGACGUGGACGUGGAUGGAGUCGUAGGCAGCGGACCCAAGGUCGGCGCAGGAGGGAAGACACAAGGCGUGAAGGAAGGCGGACCCUACCUUUACAUGAUCGAGCCUUCAGGGCUCUACUGGGGCUACUACGGUGCAGCAACAGGCAAGGGCAGACAAGCAGCUAAGGCGGAGCUGGAGAAGCUGAAGCUGGACCCGAAAGACGGAGAAUGCAUCAGUUUGGAAGAGGGUGUCAAGGAGGCGGCGCGCAUUAUCUACGUCGCGCACGAGGACAGCAAGGACAAGGACUUUGAGCUGGAGAUGACAUGGGUCAGCGCCGUCAAUGGUCCGACCAAGGGCAGACAUGAGGAGGUGCCCAAAGCGCUCAAGGACGAAGCCGAGCGACUCGCCAAGGCUGCGUUGGAGGGCGAAGACGAGGAGGAAGAGGGUAAGAUGGAGGAGUAG